UUAAAUAAAUUAAGACUCCGUGAGAACCCACAUGAUAAUUUGGCAUUAGCAGCCCGGAGGCGCUAGGACCCGCUGUCUAUACGCUCGAUGAAUUCCAGGACUCGACUCUUCAGCUGCGCUUGAUCUCAGCUCUUGACAACACCCGGGCGGCCGCGGUGGGUGGUGCUGGCCGGUCUGCGAGCGAGGGGAGGAGGGAGGGGGGAGUUGAGUAGUAAAUUGAAAACUUCCCGUGCCGCCGUCUGCGGCUCAGUCAAGUCAGAGCACAGCGAGAGCUGAAGGACACGAGCCCGGAGCCCGCAGGAGGAAGAAAGUGACGAAGAUGAUCCGUACUGGAUGUCACAGCAGCCCUCAAGGACGGGACAUCUCUCUGAUGUAAUCCAUCGUCAUCACAUUCAAUCUGUGGUUUACAGGACCGCUAUCCAUUAAGAGAACAACUCAUAACUUUUUUUGUAUAUUUGUUAUUUGCGCUUGCUCGUCUGUGGACUAAAUACCGCUUUGCAGCUCUUGACGCUUUUUAUUGGGAAUCUUCUUUUCUAUUCCUUUUUUAAACCUAUUUGGUUUCUCUUCGUAUAUCUCAUUUAUUUGUUUUAGUUAGCAGGUAUAUCAUUUAGACGGUUAUACCUGCGGUUUUUCUAAAACUGUAUUAAACGCACAUUCCUAUAACCCCUCACAGGUUUUGAGUUUGAGAGGUUUAAAAACGGUUUUUUUUAUCACCCCGCUACCACUGAAAGUGAUUAGCCAGCGAGUUAAAUGAUUUACCUGUCGUUGCUGAGGUGUGAACGCCAAAGUCACUGCUUUGUCAUUUUAUAGGCGAGCUUGUUAUCGCAGUCAAGAACGAAUAUUAAUUGCCUUUUUUCUAAAACUGGAGCUUUGACAUUUUCUUUAAACGCUUAAACAAAUUUAAAUUACAAGAACUUUGUGAGAAGUUUAAGCUUCCUGCUUAAAAAAAACAAUACAUGUUUCAGGAUUAUCUAGAUAAUUCUCUUUAAGUACUGUUUCUUCAGUAAAAGAUGCGACAUUCUCAGAAUCCCACAGUAACAGAUCCGCCUAGUUCUCCUCGGACACUCUCAACUUUUCGCCCAUCCCGCAAGAGCGAGUGGCUCCGUAGCGCUCUAACUCACCAUUACGAUCCGGACCCGGGCGUCGAAAACGAGAUUGUGGUUCUGGCGACGGGCAUCGACCAGUACCUGCAGGAAAUAUUCCACCAUCUGGCUUACUACAGCGGGGACGACCUCGUGUCCGCGGAGGAUUUUAGGCUGCUGUGUGCGGUACUGGGAAUCCUCGAGGCCGAGCAGGGAGAGGAGGAGAAGGCAGCUGGGGAAGAGACACUGGGGAUCUGCUCAAGGCUGCCCCCGGAGCUGGGCUUCAAGGAGUUCCACUCUCGUCUCUGCGGGUACUUCUGCCUCCGCUCCGGGGGCAGUAAAGCUGACGCCCGCCUUCCCGUGGCCGAGGAAACUGAACACAUAGAGCGCGAGAUCAGGCUCCGUUGGCCACGGGUUCGAAGGAGAAAGUGCGUCAGUUUCGACCUCUCCAAAGAUGUCCCUUCCGGGAAGAAACAGAUCCACAGAUCGGGGUCAAUCCUGAAGCUCGACAAUCUGCACCGCUGCUCCGAGGAGUCAGAGGAUGAGACAGACUCCGGUCCACAGGGGGCGGCGUGGAGCCAGCUGGAGAUGGAGAAUGCCAGCCUGCGGGAGCUGGUGGAGGACCUGCGCGCAGCCCUGCAGGGCAGCGACGCCCGCUGUCUGGCACUGGAGGUGGCCGCCCGCAGGCAGGGGGAGGGGUCUCCCCGAGACACGGGAAGGAAGAAGGCGCCCGCGGACAGGGAUCCCCGAGCGGACCGGAGCGCGCGGGGGACCCGAGCGCUGCUCCGGGAGCUGGAGCUCGUGCGGGCGUCCCGGGACGGGCAGCUGGAGGAGGCCGUGCGCUUCAAUCAGAGGCUGGAGGAGGAGCUGGGGGCGGCCGCAGGGGAGGCGCGCCGGCUGGGGGAGCUGGUUUCCUGGCUGCAGCACGAGAACGGCGACAUUAAGAGGAAGGCGGAGGACGCCCGCUCCGCCCUGGUCACCGGGCUGGCCAAGGUGCGAGAGAUGCAGGGCCAAGCGAGCCUGGUCCCUGCUUUAGAGGGCCGGGUUCAGGAGCUGGAGGCAGAGAUCCAGUCACACAGGACUCGGACUCGGUGCACGUGCAAGACGGACACUGUGAGUCAGGGGGCCGCUGCCCCAAUGACCUCCGACCCCCAGGGCCCCUCGCAGCGCCACUCCCCCACAGGCCGAGACGACUCCUGCGCCCGAGGAGAUGAAGCCCACUCCCACAGCGGACAGUGGGCGGCCGACGAGGCCGUGACGGCAGUCUGCCUCUCGCCCCCGGCGGAAGAGGGGCUGCAGAGAGCCGUGGAGGGGCGCGCUGCUUCGGACGAGGAGGAGGAGCGGGGCAGAGAGGAAGGGCAGUGCUGCCUUGUGGAAGUCAAGAGGCUGAUCAGCCGCCUCCACUGCUGUGCCAAGGGCUGUCAGAACGCUGCUGCACGCCAGCUGCUCAUCAGCCAGACCUGUUACCACGGUAACCCCCCAGACGGCAUCUCCAUGACGGCAGAGCUCAGAGGGAGGAGCCGGAAAAGCCACGCCCGCUCCGAAGAGAAGGAGAGGGGCACGGAGAGAGAGAGCGAGCUGGAGAAGCUGCUGUGCUCGGUGGGGAAGGACCUCCAGCUGAAGCAGGAGGAAGCAGAGAUGCUGAGGCUGGAGCUGCAGAUGGUGGAGACCGAGCGCGUCCGCCUGUCCCUGCUGGAGGAGAAGCUGGCCGACGUGCUGACUCUGCUGCUCCAGCUGCGCAGCAAGAAUAUAUCUCGCCGAGCCCUGGGGAAGAUCCUGAUGGACACUUUAGAAGUUUGUAGCAAAGCCGGUCAUGGCCCUUCUCACUCUCUCCAGGUCCUGGAUACUCUGUGCCAGCAGCUGCUGGCCUGCGAGCUGCUGUGCGAAUGCAGCGGAGGGCAGCCUGGGAGCAGGAACCCGCGUGGCACGGCCAACCCCCUCCUCAUCUCCUGCUGAGUGCACACGGGUGCAUUAUGGGAUGGUACAGAGGGUGGAAGAGAUUCAACCCCAGUGCUUCUCUGCGGCUGAGAGUGACGCCAGGGAAGAGGGGCUUUCUGGAUUUGAAUCAAGCAACUUGAUCACGGUCCUGGUCUGAAGCCUUUUUAGUCCGUCAGGGGUCACUCUUGUAAGCCACCAAGCUUGCAUCUGGGCAUCUGGGUCAAAUUACAGGCAUCAGACAGGGUGUAAGGGCAACAAUGACAGGGAGAUUCAGAGAGACCAUGGACACCCCGUGAACUAGAUAGGACAUCAAGUGGGAUUUUGACAAAACAUUUCCAUCCGAUCAAUGCCUGGAGUCAUUUUCAAGCCCAGAGCAGAUGGGAAUGCAGGGGCAGGACAUCCCAGUGCUUCCACUGGGUCUCCCAGCUUUUCCUGGGAUCCGAAGCAUUGGAGAGCAGAGGGGCUCCUACACAGACUGGAGGAAUUGGAACUCUUAAAGCUGCUAGGAGGAAGAGGUGGGCGUGAAGGCUGGACUGAGUACAGAUGAUCAAUUGACUGCUGGGGGUGUUGUUCCUGUCCAAGGGGUCCAGUUACUGGCUCCAAAUACAACAGUCAAUGAGACAAAGGAUGUGCAGGCAAGUUCAUCCAACAAAGUGCCCUGGCUUUUUCACUGCCAGACCUCUUCAAGUCCUGUUUCUCGGUCGCAGCUCAGGUACCUAUAAUCUCCUGCUUCAAAAGCUAAGUUUAUUCAAAUAUAAUUUUCACAGAUGCGUGUGCAUAGUUAUUCAGAAUUGUACUGUAUAAAUGGAUGAUAUUUAUGAAGUGUAGCAUCCCUUUGUGCUAUCUUAUUGCAGAGGAAUGGUCUGUAUGUAACAUACAACCCCCUCUCUUGUUUUCCUUGAAAUGUCUCUUCGGUCUAACUGUCCACAUCUUGGUAAAAAGGUGUAUAGAAAAAAAAAACUUGUAUUGCAAGUGUAGUAUUCAAUCAGCAUCUUUUGCAUUCCUCAAUGUGUUUCAUGGUGAAAUUGGGGAUUUGUGUAACUAGACCAUAUAUUAUAUUGUCUUGCUAUUCCACAGCUUGUGAAUGUACUGUAAGAAACCCUGGAAGAUUCACCAUAUCAAUGCACUGAUUUAAGCAAAAAUAAAAUGUAGAAAUAACGUGUGAUUCAA